GGCAGAGAUGAAUGUGUCCCUCACAUGGUCCCUCGCUCUGUAGCUAGAAGUGCUCAUCAAGGGGUGGCAGGAGGAACCGUGUGGCUUUAGUGCUGGAAUGAGAGGUGAGCCCCAGGCUUGGGUGUGUUUGGCUCAGAAUCUGUCUCGGAUUUUCUCAGCAGCAGGUCUUCCUGGGACCUGCCCUGCUCAGGUGGGGAGUGCAACCUCUGCCCAGCAUCGCCCUCUGCCUGCUUCCAUGGUGCUGCCAGGCACGGUGGAGCUGCCGGGGGACAUGGGGAUGAGCACUCCUGAUCAGCACCCAGUGGUGUCCCGAGGGCCCUAGGCCACGUGGAGGAAGACGAGGAGGCCUGCCGUGCUCCCUGCUGGAGCCUCCAGGAGGAUGAGAGAGCCGGAGGCGCAGGCCAGGCUCGGGAAGAUGGCUGCCUUUUACCAGUGCGUCAGGCCUGACCCCAGCGAGCUGGACAUGAUUUCCACGAGGGUGAUGGACAUUAAGCUUCGGGAGGCUGCAGAAGGCCUUGGAGAGGACAGCACAGGAAAGAAAAAAUCAAAAUUCAAAACCUUUAAGAAGUUCUUUGGGAAGAAGAAGAGAAAAGAAUCUCCUUCGUCCACAGGAAGUAGCACCUGGAAACAAAGUCAGGCGAGGACUGAGGUCAUUGCCAUCGAGUCAGGGCCGGUGGGCUAUGACUCCGAGGAUGAGCUGGAGGAGUCGAGGGGCACGCUGGGCAGCCGGGCCCUCUCACAUGACAGUAUUUUCAUUCCUGAGUCCGGACAGGACCCUGCUCGGCCCGUGAGAGUGUUUUCCCAAGAAAAUGUGUCUGAUCGGAUUAAAGCUCUGCAGUUAAAAAUACAGUGUAAUGUGAAAAUGGGGCCGCCGCCUCCCCCAGGGGUGCCUCCCGCCAAGCGGGGAGAAGAUGCCGGCAUGAGCUCUGAGGACGACGGGCUGCCCAGGAGCCCGCCGGAGAUGUCCCUGCUGCACGACGUGAGUCUCGGCCCGACCAUAAAGGUCUCUUUAGUGUCCUCAUCCCGGCCACUGUCUCCAGACCACGCAAGUGACACAUCUGCCUCCCCUCGGAACUCAGAUGGCAGCCUGGCGCCUGUGGCUGACUUCAGUCAUCCUGCAGAAUCCUCCUCCUGCCUGGACAACUCCGCGGCAAAGCACAAGCUCCUGGUUAAGCCCCGCAACCAGCGGUCGAGUAAAAUGAGGCGGCUGUCGUCGCGUGCACAGUCUGAAUGCCUGAGUGAUCUGACCUGGACCCUUGAGGAGGAGGAAUUCGAGGAGAAGCCACUACCCCAAGCUCUCAAGGAAAAGAGCCCCAGCUCUGUGCAGCAGGAUGUGGUGCUAGGCAGAGGCCCUGGGCUUGGGCCACUUGCCACCUUGCUGCAGCCUGGAGGGGCCCGAGCCAGACGCACCCGCCUGCAGCACUCCCCGGCAGUCAGUGCCAGCAUGGAGGAGGGGAGUUCCCCUGGGCAUGAGCCCUCCAGCAGCCUGGCCACCCCAGAGGUCACUGAGCCUGUGUCAGUCCCCGCCUCCAGUGUGGAGUCCCCUUCUCUGCCAGAAGGCUCACUGCACCCUGGUCCCGAUGGCAAGAACCAGGAGGAGGUGCUGUCCACCACAGGCCCAAGCCCCCAGGCUGCAGACGCAGCUGAGGAGGGGGUUUGUGCUUCUGAAGAUGCCUCAAGUCCGUUAUCUACUAACGUCCCUGAGGACACAACACCUCCUGAGACUGUCACCGCAGUCACCUUGGAGACGCCAGCUGGUCCAGGCAAGCCAGACCAAGAUGUCCCAAACCAAGAUGUCCCAGACCAAGAUGUCCCAAACCAAGAUGUCCCAGACCAAGAUGUCCCAAACCAAGAUGUCCCAGACCAAGAUGUCCCAAACCAAGAUGUCCCAGACCAAGAUGUCCCAGACCAAGAUGUCCCAGACCAAGAUGUCCCAAAUCAAGAUGUCCCAGAUCAAGAUGUCCCAAACCAAGAUGUCUCAAACCAAGAUGUCCCAGACCAAGAUGUCUCAAACCAAGAUGUCCCAGACCAAGAUAUCUCAAACCAAGAUGUUCCAGACCAAGAUAUCCCAAACAAAGAUUUUUCAGACCAAGAUGUCCCAAAAGAAGUGGAGCUGACGCUGGAGGUGCCGGAGCCGGAGGGAGCGAGGAAAGAGCCCCCCGCGGCCCCCAGCCCGAGCCCGCCACCGCCCAAGAGCUGCCUGAAGCGCAGGGCGUCGGCCGCCAGCACAGGCCUGGGUGGGUCCCCUGCGGGGUCGCCUCUGAGGGAGCCCGGACCCUGCGCCCUGGACAGAGACGCCGGCCCGCCGGAGCGCCCCAAGGCUGAGCAGGUAGAGUCCCCUCAGGGAGACAGGGCAGCGCCAGAGCGGAAAACCGAGAGAGGCGGCGGCGCGAAGAAGUUCUCGGUGUCCUCGGGCCGGGGGCGGCCGCGCCAGGGCAGCUCCCGCCUGCCCGAGCCUCCCGGCGCGUCCAGCGGCCGCCUGCCCCUGGGGAGGAGCGGCCCCGCCUGGAGGAGCGAGGCGGCUCUCGAUGACCUCCAGGGGCCUCCUGAGCCCCAGAGCGGGAAACCAGAGCCUCAGAAGGCAGCGGAGGGUGACUCUCAGGACUCAGGGGACAGCGCGGCUGGCCCGACCACGCCAGGCGCGAGAGAGCCCUGCCCGGCCGCCAAGGAGCCGUCCCCGGGUGAGGACAGAAACCCCUUCCCCGUCAAGCUCCGGGCCACCUCCCUCUCUCUCAAAUACCGAGACAGCUCCGCCCAGGAGGCAAGAGGGGUAAAGAGAUACAGUGCGGAGGUCAGGUUAGAAAGAGGACUGACUUUGCUUCCGAAAGAUGAGAAAUGUCACGUCGGGACAGCCCCGGCCCUUCGAGGCGCCAGGUCCCCCAGCGACCAAGGCAAGGGGAAGGCCCGGUCACCUGAGCAGCUCAGCUCCAAACCACCCCUGCCCAGGAAGCCGCUCCUGCAGAGCCUCACCCUGCCGCACUCGCCUGCGCCCCCCGAUGCCGGGCCCAGAGAGCCCGAGCCCAGGAAGGAGAAGAGGUCGCUGCGCAGGGGAGCCGAAAAGGGUCCGCCUCCGGCGGCAGCAGGGCCUGGAGCUAACGGGCAGCCCGCCCCGCCCUGGAUCACCGUGGCUCGGCAGAAGCGGCGAGGAGCCUCGGACCAGCCACCCAACCAGGAGGACAAGCCUGGGGCGCGGACCCCUAAGCCUGAACUCGGAAAGCAAGCCAAGCCGCCCGAGAGAGCCCAGCAGGACCCCGUGAAGCACAUGGACUUUGUCCGCAGCAAGUCUUUCCUGAUCACCCCUGCGAAGCCCCCACUGGAGCGGAGGCGGGGGGUGGAGCUCAGCCUGCAGGAGGGGCUGCAGAGAGGAAUCUCGCUGUCCCACCAGAACCUGGCAGCUCAGUCUGCAGGGAUGACGGAGAAGGAAUUGCAUCAGCUGAAGAGAGCCAGUUAUGCCAGUGCAGAUCAGCCCUCCUGGAUGGAACUUGCCAGAAAGAAAUCUCAAGCUUGGAGUGACAUGCCCCAAAUUAUAAAAUAGGUUGGCAGUGUGCUGAUAAAGCAUGUCCACUACCUUGAAGGGCCACUUAGUUAAAAACUGCCAGUAAAUCAUGGCAAACAAACUGUGAAACUGAAGAUUGAUUUUUAUCAUCUAGUUAUGAUGAGCUCGGGGAAGAGGAAGGAACCAGGCAAAACAGAGAGGAUAAACACACAGCCAUAACCCUGGGCCAGAGGGGCCCAGAAACAAGAACAACAUUGAAAAAAUCCAGGAACGAGUUCCUGUGCCCCAAGGUAUGAAUGUGAGUCUUUUAGAAUUCCCUUGAUACAGAGGCCUCAGACAAGGAAGAAACCAGAAGUGAAAUUGGAUGCAUAGAUAGGAUGCCCUCCCUGCAAGACCAGAAGAGCAGCCGUUCCAGGAGAGCGUCUGUACUUGCACUUGAGAUCAGCCCCUGUCUCUGGCCACUGUCUUGCCUGUGGAUUCUGUCUUCUCCUUUCAUGUUUACUACUAGGCAUGACAUUCGUGGUAAAACAGGGAUGCCGUUUCCAAGAGCAGCUAUACAACAAUCUGUUUCCCUGAAGAUAGCCACUCUGAGAAGGAGAGGAGGGAACACAGCAGGGUUCAUCAAUUCACAGACUGUUUCCAGCAAUUUAAGAGUUGUUUAACUGAUUUUUAAACUUUUCCACUAGGCAUCUGUGUCCUUAACCAUUGCACAAUGCAUUGCCUGUUUAAUAAAAGGUUUCAAACAUG